UUCCGCCUCGCUCCAAGAUGGCGGCGGCGGCCCCGGGCGGUCCCGGAGCGGUCGCGGAGGCCCCGGGAGGGUCCGGGGGAGCCCCGGGAGGGCCCCGAGCGGCUCCGGAGGCUCCCGGAGCUCCGGGGGGAACGGCGGGAACGGCGGCGAACGGAGCGGGAAGCGUGAGGGGAACGGCGGGAAGCGUGAGGGGAACGGCGGGAAACGGAGCGGGAGCCGUGAGGGGAACGGCGGCAACGGCGGGAAACGUGAGGGACGCGGAGGUGGCGGUGGAGAUCGGAGAGACGUAUUUGUGUCGGAGAGCCGAUGGGAGCUGGCACUCGGCCGAGGUGAUCCAGUCCCGUCUCAACGAGCAGGAGGCGCGUGAGGAGUUCUACGUUCACUACGUGGGAUUUAACCGCAGGCUGGACGAAUGGGUGGACCGGAACCGUCUGGCGCUCAGCAAGAGCCUGAAGGAGGCGGCGCAGAAAAGCUCGGAGCCGUUCCUGGGGGAACUGGCAGAGCCCGAACGCAAAAUCACCCGCAACCAGAAACGCAAACACGACGAGAUCAACCACGUCCAGAAGACCUACGCCGAGAUGGACCCGACCACGGCGGCGCUGGAGAAGGAGCACGAGGCUAUCACCAAGGUGAAAUACGUGGACAAGAUCCACAUCGGCCAUUUUGAGAUCGACGCCUGGUACUUCUCGCCCUUCCCGGAGGAUUAUGGGAAACAGCCCAAGCUGUGGAUCUGCGAAUUCUGCCUGAAAUACAUGAAAAUGGAGAGGAGCUACCGAUUACACCUGGGAGUUUGUCAGUGGCGGCAGCCGCCGGGGCGGGAGAUUUAUCGCAAAGGGAACAUUUCUGUCUACGAGGUGGAUGGGAAAGACCACAAGAUUUACUGCCAGAACCUUUGCCUUUUGGCCAAGCUGUUCCUGGAUCACAAAACUCUUUAUUUCGACGUGGAGCCCUUCGUGUUUUAUCUCCUGACCGAGGUGGAUCGGCACGGAGCACACAUCGUGGGGUAUUUCUCCAAGGAAAAGGAGUCUCCAGAUGGAAACAACGUCGCCUGUAUCCUGACCCUCCCCCCGUACCAACGGCGCGGUUACGGAAAAUUCCUGAUCGCCUUCAGUUAUGAACUGUCCAAGCUGGAGAGCACCGUGGGCUCCCCGGAGAAGCCGCUGUCGGACCUGGGCAAGCUCAGCUACCGCAGUUACUGGUCCUGGGUGCUCCUGGAGAUCCUCAGGGACUUCAGAGGGACCCUCAGCAUCAAAGACCUCAGCCAGAUGACCAGCAUCACCCAGACCGACAUCAUCAGCACUCUGCAGUCUCUCAACAUGGUCAAGUACUGGAAGGGCCAGCACGUCAUCUGCGUCACCCCCAAACUGGUGGAGGAGCACCUCAAGAGCGCCCAGUACAAGAAACCGCCCAUCACCGUGGACUCCAUCUGCCUGCGCUGGGCCCCCCCGAAGCACAAACAGGCCAAG